AUGGCGAUGAUGAUGACUGGCCGUGUGCUGCUGGUGUGUGCCCUCUGCGUGCUGUGGUGCGGUGCCGACGGUGGUGAGUGUUCUGAACCAACUCCAGUUCCUCCGGCUUCUCAGUCCGAAGACCGCAAUACCCCUAAAAGUGAAAAAGAGACCAUUGGUGGCGCUGGAGGAGGUGGCCAAAGCGGUCAAUUGGAGGCCUUACAAGCAGCAGGAUUAUCGGUGCAAGAAGAAAAGAAGGCGGAGACGCCACUACGAACUGGAACACAAUUAGCACCAGGAACGGCAGAUGCAGAGAAGAAAGGCAAGGAACAAACGCGAGAAGUUGGAGAUGUUGGUGAAAAGAAGGAUGAAGAGCAGGAAAAGAAAGAGGAGGAAGAAGAAGAGGACGGGAUUGAGCAAGUAGAAGAAGAGGAAGAGGAGGAAGAUGAAGAAGAAGUUAGUGAAGAGAAUGACGAAGGUGCAGGGGCGGAAGAUGGCGAAAAAACAAGAACAGAAGGGCAGGGUGAUCAAGAAGUAACAAUUGCACUAGACCAAAAUUCCGGGGAAAAGAAUUUAAGUGGCAGCGAGCAGCAAACACGCCAGUCAAUUGUAUCUGCAGGGGAAAUUCCUCCUCCCGGCAGUCGGGAAUCAAGUGCCAAUCCCACGCAAACGAAGAUCGAAGAAAAGAAGGAAACCGACAAAAGUGCACCCGCAGCAGAGAACACACUCACAACGGUUAAUGGAGAGAACACAGUGCCUGCGGGAGUUCCGGGAGGAAAUCCUUCACCACCUCCAGAAGACGGUGUUGAUUCCCGCGAACAGGAUGGCGAAGUCACCACGAGUGAAGGCGAAAAAAACGUUCCACCGCCUGCGACUGCAGCCACACCACAAAGCCACCAAGAAAAAGGCUCAGAAGGGACUGGGGAAGAUACAAAAGCAACGACAGUAACCGCCAACACAACUGAUACGACGAAUGCACAAAACAGUGACGGCAUCACUGCGGUCCCCCACACCACCUCCCCUCUUUUGCUUCUUCUUUUUGUUGCGUGUGCUGCUGCGGCUGCUGCUGUGGUGGCCGCGUGA